AUUCCGGAAGUGGACCUGGAAGUACUACGUUUCUGUUCACGUGUGUGGAUGUUUCUGCUGCCGUGCUGGUGGAUGUAGACAUGCAGACAGCAGUCAUGGGGGAGAUGAAGAUAGAGACAGAGACGGAACCGGUUCGGCCCAAAGUGACGGACAGUAGAGGAGUUCUAAAGCAGAACCGAGAGUUUCUGGAUUUUUUCUGGGACAUCGCCAAACCGGACCGCGAGACCCGCCUGAGAGCCGUGGAAAGUCUCAUCGAGCACGUGCAGAAGAGCGAGCAGACUGAUGAACUGAAAUACACCCUGAAGAGGCUGGUAGAUGGACUGUGUCAUGCUCGAGAGGAGGCUCGCACCGGCUACAGCUUAGCACUCGCACAGGUGCUUAGUGUGUUUGAAGAGAUCACACUCAGAAGUGUGUUGGACCAGAUCAGAGAAAAACACAACCUGAAAACUGCCAGCAAGAAGCAGAUCAAACAUGUGGCCUUCGGGAAUUUCUUUGGAGUCCUGGCCCUGUCUCAGUCCACACGCCUGCACAAGGAAGCAAACGUGCUGUUGGACUGUGUGAAGCUGCUGCAGUCUCUCUCUCAGUACAGAGAAUAUCUGAAAGAUUUACCCAGGAAGACCAUGGCAGACAUCCUCAAUGAGGUGUCAGAGCAGAUGUUUGAGCAGGUUUUGUUCAGCACACUGCAAGAGGAUCUGAGUUCAGCUCUCAGUAGUCCAGAGCAGUUGGAGCUCCUUCUGCUGGUCAUGCGCAGAUUCUCAUCUACACUUAGCCCCGCCUACCUGGACAAGCUGCUGGGCACCUCCUCCAUCAUCAACACAAACACUCUGCCCCGGUUGGUAGAGGUGGUGAAGUCAGCAGCACGCUCGAUGAAGAAGGAGUGUGUGCUGCCAUCUGUAGCAUCUGAUCUGCUGCACGUGUCUCUGCGUGAGGACAGCUUCACAUUCUUCUGGGACAAAGUGGUGAUCGAUGGACUGAUAUCAGAGCCUACCGGACCUAGCCAUUACCUGGCGUUCAGGUUGAUGGGCGUGUCCUUGCCGUUGUUGCCUGUGUCUCAGCUGCAGUAUGUUUUGAAUGGAGAGGUGAUGAGACGUUAUGGUGAACACGUCAUGACUGCACAGCUCCCUGAGCGCUUUAAGUUCUCCCCAGAGAUGGAUGAGUAUGUGAGUGAGUUCCUGCGCAGCUGCAGUGAUGUAGAGAGACAGCUGUUGGUCCUGCAGGCUUUCAGUCAGCUCACACAUCGUGGUGCUCCCGUCGUCCCAUCCUUCUGGAAGGUUCUGGAGUAUGUGGAACCCAGUGCUCUUAAAUCCUACACAAACUGGCUCAGAGAGUCCUUCUGUCAGCCCAAGAUCCCAGAGCUGCUCGAGUUCAGCACACGCAAACAGAGAAGGACCCAGAACGCUGCCUCUGAUGCCACCCCUGCCCCUCAGACAGAGGAGUGUGUGUCACGUUUGAGGAAUUGGAUCAUUCACCGUCUCUCCUGUAUCGUGGAAAACCAUCAGAUUAAAAAAGAUGAGGCGCUUGUUAUGGAGAUUGCCAGGUUUAUCUUCUUCCAUGCAUUCUUUGAUACACUGAAGUCCACAGCUGAAAUCCCAGAGAGUCAGUGCAAGCUCUCACCUCCUUUAGACCAGAACACACGCAACAUCACUGGCUCCACCUUUUUCAGUGUGUUACACUCUCUGAGUGUGUUGCCGGUGCUCAGUGAGAGUGUGCAGAAUGAAGCAGUGAACAGGAGGAGUGUGUUAGGUGUGAUGGCAGACGGCUCCAUGUGGGUCUACGGCCUUGUUCAGUUUGGUAACAUGCUGCUCAAACGCACCAAACACGUCCGGAGUGUGCACACACUCAGCACAGACCAUACACAGGCCUGGGACAGCAUGCUGCAGUCAGUUGAGUCUCUCAAUAAGAAGAUGAAGAAAUCUGCAGCUCCUGAACACUCAGCCUUCCAGCACCUCUUCCUCAUCAUCGGCAUCCAGAUGUUCAAGGCUCCAGAUGACAGUGUGGAGUUGCUGAAUGAUCUAAGAAGCUGUAUGGAGCAAGCACAGGCCAAAAAAUCUAAGAAGAAGAAGCAGAAGAAGAGUGAUGCAGACAGCGAGCAGACUGAACAGGCGGAGCCUCACUGGGUAGAGGUGGUGAUAGACAUCCUGCUGUCUCUACUCGCUCAGCCCAGCCGUCUCAUCCGCAGCGUGUGUAAGACGGCGUUCAGCCGAGUGUGUCCUUAUCUCACACAGUCUGCGCUUACUGCUAUACUGAAUGUUCUGGACCCUAGUAAGGAUGAGGAGGAUAGUGGUGUUCUUGUGACUGACGACAACAACACAGAGACUAAGAAGAAGAAAAAGAGAACACAGGAGGAAGAGGAAGAUGAAGAACAUGAAGCAGAGGAUGAAGAGGAAUCUGACUCCUCAGACAACGAUGAAGAUGAUGAAGAUGAUGAAGAUGAAUCAAUGGAGGAGGAGGAGGAGGAAGUGGAUCAGAAUUUCCGUCUGGAGCUGAUGAAGGUGUUGCAGGGGCAGAACGCUCUGGCCACUGAGGUGGAUGUCAGCGAGGAUGAGGAGCUGGAUGACGAGGCAAUGAUGAAGUUGGAUAAAAACCUGGCGACUCUGUUCGGGGAGCAGAAGAAGAAAUUACAGGCCAAAAAGGACGAGAAGGAGCGACUACGCAAGGAGAAAACCCUCGUCCGGGACUUUAAGAUUAAAGUACUGGACCUGCUGGACGUGUUCCUGUGUAAGCAGGGCAGCAGUGUGUUGGUGUUGGGGUUGGUGGAGCCGCUGCUCAGUGUGAUUGAGAAUUGCAUGAGCUCUGAGAGCGGGCAACAUGAGCAGGACUUCCUGCGCAGAGCCGCACACAUUUUCAGGAAUCAGCUGUGUCGUGGAAAGCAUUACUGCAGAGAGGUGGAGGGCCGGGAGGCGGAGCUUCAUGACAUGUUGGAGCGUCUGGUUGGUCGAGCCCAGAAGCUGUCAGACUCAUCAGUGGCGCUGUAUUACUUCAGUGCUGCACUCUACCUGGUUAAAGUGUUAAGAGGUGUAAUGAAGGACACAGACUCCAAAGACACAGCUGAGAAGAGGAUGAUGGGUAAAGUGGACAUGGAGAGAGUAACAUUGUGUUUUAAAGAUGCUCUCACAUCCUUUAUGACGCGACGGAAAAGUCCACUGACAGGAGACAUGUUUAUUGAACUGUUCAACAGAUUCCCUGUCCUGUGUGUAAAUCUGUUGGAUACGGCGGUGGAGAGCAUCACGGGUGGAGUCAGAGAACACCAACAGGCUCAGGCGUGUGUGAUGGUGCUCAGAGCUUUGCCGUGUAAGGAGGUGAAGCAGCUGAUGUCUGUUGCACAGUGUACUGAAAUCUAUCAGAAAACCACAGAGAAGCUCACACAGACUCUACAGAAGGUGGAGUGUAAAAACAAAGCGGUUCAUGAAAAGACAGUGAAAGCGCUGGAGCUCGCUCACUUCCUCGUCAAAACAGUUCACCAUCAGAAGCUGGAGGUGAAGCUAGAUGAUCUCCGGAGCGCUCUGAGGUCCAUGAACGCUGAUGGGAGUUUGCAGAAGUCGGGGAAGCUGGAGGACACGUACUGGAGCGUCAUGAAGCUGUUUGGCCUUCAGAAGCCAAAGGUGGAGAAGGUGAAGAAAGUGACAGAGGAGGAAAAGACAGAGGAAGAGGAGCCGAAGAAAAAGAAGAAAGGAUUCCUUCCUGAGAGCAAGAAACGCAAAAACCGCAAGAAGCCUGUGAUACUGGAGGGUAAAGACACUACAGACACACCAGGAGGAGGAGAGGGGAAGAAGAAGAGAAAGAAUAAUAAAAAAAAGAGAAGUGAGUCAGAAACACAGAAUCAACCUCCUGCUAAAAAAAUGAAAGCUCAGCAGCCUCCGAGUAACAAGGAGAAGAAACAGAAGAAGAAGAAAAAGAAGACAAGUGGAGAGAAGAACGGCACUGAGUGAACUGAUAAGAGGAUUAAAGGAGAAUCAGAGUUCAGGUUUCUCCUCCACACCACAGUGAUGAUGAUGAUGAGUGACUUCAUCAGACCCUGAACUCCUGAGGGACGUUAUUCAUAAACUCCUGCUUAUUUUUGUAAAAGUAUAAUAAUGAUGUCAUUAAAGACUUUUUAUUCA